AUGGUGGUGUGUUCCGGCAGCUCGGUGGUCGAUGCAAGGGAGGAGGAGGAGGAGCAGCAGCAGCAGCAGGAAGAGGAGCAAGAGGAGGGGCCCCUCUCCUCCCUCAACCCGUCGUCCUCGUCCGUCCCCAUCACCAUCGUCAUCGUCAUCAUCAUCAUCUCAGUCCCGUGUCCGCCAGUGCCUGCGGGCCUUUGUCGGAACUUGCAGUGCCCGCUUCUGGGCGAAUGA